AGACUGUAGAUAUAUUUAUAUCUAUAUAAAGUAGUUUAUAGCAUAACAAUUUUUCUUAAUGCAUUUUGUUAUAUUCCCGGCAACUUUGCGUCCAGGCUCUGUUGCCGAAACAGUUUGAAGUUAAAGCACUUAUUGAGAAUUUUGAGGUACGCAAAAAAUGAACGAAGAAAUGGAGAAAAACAUGGUUGUGAAGAACGGCGGGAAGGAGGUUCAGCUUUUCUACUGCAAUGAAACCGAGGAACUGGCCCGUAAGAUUGCUGCUCAAUCGGGUUCCAUCCAUUUAAAUGCUAUUAACUGGAGGAAAUUUGCAGAUGGGUUUCCUAACCUUUUUAUUUCAAAUGCACAUGGCAUUCGAGGCCAGCACGUGGCAUUUCUAGCUUCGUUUAGCUCACCUGCUGUUAUUUUUGAGCAGCUUUCCAUUAUAUAUGCACUGCCACGAAUGUUUAUAUCAUCUUUUACUCUUGUUUUACCAUUCUUUCCUACUGGUUCUUUUGAGCGUAUGGAAGAAGAGGGGGAUGUGGCAACUGCAUUUACAUUGGCGAGAAUAUUAUCCAACAUACCUCUUUCUAGGGGUGGUCCAACAAGUUUGGUCAUUUUUGAUAUUCAUGCGUUACAGGAAAGAUUCUAUUUUGGUGACAGUGUAUUGCCAUACUUCGAGAGUGGCAUCCCAUUACUCAAGGAACGACUUACACAGCUUCCUGAUUCUGGCAAUAUAAUGAUAGCUUUCCCAGAUGAUGGCGCAUGGAAACGGUUCAAUAAGCUACUACAAUGUUAUCCAAUGGUAGUGUGCACAAAGGUACGUGAAGGUGAUCAACGAUUUGUUCGUAUCAAGGAGGGGGAUCCUGCUGGUCGACAUGUAGUCAUCGUUGAUGAUUUAGUGCAGUCAGGCGGCACUCUUAUUGAAUGUCAAAAAGCAUUGGCUGCUGCUGGUGCUGCAAAAAUCAGUGCAUAUGUAACUCAUGGUGUCUUUCCUAAAAGUUCAUGGAAGCGGUUUCAACAUGACAACGGCGGAGGAGCAGAACAUGGGUUUGCAUACUUUUGGAUCACAGAUUCAUGCCCUCUGACUGCAGACGCAGUAAAGGACAAAGACCCAUUUGAAAUUCUUAGUUUGGCAGGGCCAAUUGCUGCUGCUCUUCAGGUUUGAAGUCUUCUACCUUGAACUAGAGGAUAAAUUAUGGAGGUUCAAGACUGCCCAUUUUCUUUAAGCAUUACAUAUGCAGUUGCAGUUUAAAAAAUUUGGGAGUGUCCAUGUAUGGAUUGAACUUCUGUAGGAGAUUUUAUUAUGCAUUUUCCCCAUAAAAUCUCUUUUCCAAGCUGCUCUAAGAAGCACCCAACUAAAAUGCAAAUCAAAGAGAUUACAAGUUUGUAACUGUAUGAUGUACUCUGAAGCCGAGGCCAUCUUUGAGGAUGUUAAUGAAAACAGAUGUUUGAUUGUACCGCUUUUUGACAGAGUAAUAGUAAAACAAGGAGCUGGACAUUAUUUGUUUGAA